AUGGGAAUGAAAGUAAAGAAGAAUACUUCUAACGAUAAGAAGAAUAGUAAAACCGUUAACAAGAAACGUGUUUCUAAGAAGAAUAAGCAAAAAGUUCAGACUGAAAAUAAACAUAAGCCUGUUGUGGUCAAAGAUCAAAAUGUAAAAUUUAAGAAUAAACCAAAAAAAAACCCACAAAAAUUGCAGAAAACGUUGAAAAAACUACACAAAGAUGGAGGAAAUCAUGCAUUCUCCAAUCUUCUUAACUCUGAUAUAGUAAAGGUAACAAAUAUAAAAACGAAAGGUAAAUUUAAGAAAAUACAAUUUCAAGACAAAAAUGAAAAGAAACAGGAAAAACUUGGUAAAACUAAGAAACAGAAACCAAAGAAACAUAACAAGUAUCAGGCUUCUGAAGAAUCUAACAUAAAGAUGAAUAAUGUUAAAAAGUCUAAGAAAGGAAAAAAAGUCCCACACUUAACAAAUGCAAAUGGAAUUCAAAAUACUAAACAUAAAAAGAAGGGUAAACAAAGUAAAGACAAUAAAGUAGCAAAGAUGAACAUAUUAGUGCAGAAGAAGAAGAAAGAGGAAACUGCUGGACUUUCAUUAGAAAAAAAUAAUUCUCGAAUGGCAACAAGGCAUAGCAAUUUAGAUCUUAAGAAAUUAGAAGAAAUGCUUGCUGCUAAACAAAAACAGAUGACAAAAAAAAAAGAUAAUCCAAAACCAGUGUCUUUAAGGGAAAGAAUGAUGACUAAAUUAAAAGCAUCUAGAUUUAGGUAUUUGAAUGAAACAAUGUAUAACAGUGAAAGUUCCGAAUCCAAAAAGUAUUUUAAAGAUGAUCCAGAUGCAUUUAAAGCAUAUCACGAGGGUUACCAACAGCAAGUUGAACAGUGGCCCUUAAAUCCUAUUGACGUUAUAAUAUCAUCUAUCAAGAAACUGCCAAAAGAUUAUAUUAUUGCUGACUUUGGCUGUGGAGAAGCACAACUUGCUGCUUCUGUUACUCAUAAAGUACAUUCUUUUGACUUUGUUUCUUUAAAUGAAAAUGUUACAGUAUGUGACAUGGCACAUACUCCUGUAUUAACAAAUGGAGUACAGGUUGUUGUGUUUUGCUUAUCCCUUAUGGGAACUAAUCUUAAAGAUUAUAUCAUAGAAGCAAAUAGGAUUCUCAAGAAAGAUGGUAUUUUGAAGAUAGCAGAAGUUAAAAGUCGCUUUGAGCAAGUAGACGAUUUUAUAAAAGUACUAAGUCAAUAUGGUUUUAAAAAUACUUGGAAAGAUUUCUCCCACAACUUGUUUUACUUCUUAGAUUUUAAAAAAGAGAAAGACAUAAGUGGAAAUAAACAAAAAUUACCACCUAUUACUUUAAAACCAUGUCUGUAUAAAAAACGAUAA